CGGGGAGCAGGAAGGAGUUACGGGGGGCGGGGGGGCGGGAGCGGCCGGGCGCGCGUUGCCGUUCUAGCGCCUUUCCCGGCGUGCGCCCGCGCGUCUGCGAGGCUUCCCGGUCUGCCAGGCGGAGCUGCGGGUUCUCCCGCGAGUCGGCCCGACGCGCCCCGGCCUGGCAGCCAGUGGCACUUCGACGACAUGUUCGGCGUCUUGUUGCGGGACUCGACCCUGCUCCUUGCCAUCACCAUCGUUGGAGUCACGGUGGUCCUGUUGGCCCUGCGGAACAUGAACUUACGGAGAAGAUAUACCACCUUACGGGACUCUGAAACCAAGUACCCGCUGCCCCUGAUUGAGAAAGAGCAAAUCACCCACAACACGCGGAGGUUCCGCUUUGGACUGCCCUCACCAGAUCAUGUCUUGGGGCUUCCUGUAGGGAACUAUGUCCAUCUCUUGGCCAAGAUUGAUGGUGUUCCGGUGGUCAGGGCUUACACGCCGGUGUCCAGCGAUGAUGACCGAGGCUUUGUGGACUUGAUUAUAAAGAUCUACUUCAAAAAUGUGCACCCCAAUUAUCCAGAAGGGGGGAAGAUGACUCAGUACUUGGAGAACAUGAAAAUUGGGGACACCAUCCUUUUUCGAGGGCCAAACGGUCGCCUGUUCUACCCUGAGCCAGGGCACUUUUCAAUCAAGGCAUACAAAACAAGUGAGCCUGAAAAGAAGCUGGUCAGUCACCUGGGAAUGAUCGCUGGGGGCACAGGGAUUACGCCCAUGCUGCAGCUCAUUCGCCACAUCACCAAGAACCCCAGCGACAGGACCAGGAUGUCCCUCAUCUUUGCUAACCAGACAGAGGAGGAUAUCUUGGUGAGAAAGGAGCUUGAAGAAGUUGCCAGAACACACCCGGAGCAGUUCGACCUAUGGUACACCCUGGACAGGCCUCCUGUUGGCUGGAAGUACAGCUCAGGCUACAUCACCACCAACAUGAUCAAGGAGCACCUCCCUCCUCCUGGGCAGUCCACGCUCAUCCUUGUGUGUGGCCCGCUGCCCCUGAUCCAGACAGCUGCUCACCCUAACCUGGAGAAACUGGGUUAUACCAAGGAUAUGAUUUUCACUUACUAAUACCUCCCUUGCUUCUAGCACAUUUGCCCGUUCCCUUUCAUCUGUUUCAGAGUGAGUUCCACCUCACCACAUUAAACUGGGAUGUGUUUACAAGUGCCUUGUUA